UAACCACUAAGAAGCGUGCCGAUUUCUGUUAGGUGUCGAGUCUUCCAAGUGAAAAUGAAGAUUGAAGAAGUGAAAAGUACUUCUAAAGCCCAACGAAUUGCAACCCAUAGUCACAUAAAAGGACUAGGACUUGAUGAAAAUGGUUUUGCUAUCCAGUCAGCUGCUGGUCUUGUUGGACAAGAGUUGGCUCGCGAGGCUGCGGGUGUAGUUGUGGAGCUUAUCAGAUCAAAGAAAAUGGCUGGUCGAGCCAUGUUGCUGGCGGGACCUCCAGGAACAGGCAAGACUGCUAUUGCAUUGGCUAUUGCCCAGGAAUUGGGAUCUAAGGUUCCAUUUUGUCCCAUGGUUGGAAGUGAGGUUUACUCGACUGAAAUUAAAAAGACAGAAGUACUUAUGGAGAACUUCAGGAGAGCAAUAGGUCUGAGAAUAAAAGAAACUAAAGAGGUUUACGAGGGAGAAGUAACUGAACUAACCCCGGUAGAGACAGAAAAUCCCAUGGGUGGUUAUGGAAAGACGGUCAGUCAUGUGAUUAUUGGUCUGAAAACGGCAAAAGGUACAAAACAGUUGAAGCUGGAUCCGUCUAUCUAUGAAAGUUUACAGAAGGAAAAGGUGGAGCUUGGGGAUGUUAUCUACAUUGAAGCUAACAGUGGAGCUGUUAAGAGACAAGGAAGGUCUGAUAACUAUGCUACUGAGUUUGACCUGGAAGCAGAGGAGUAUGUUCCCCUGCCUAAGGGUGAUGUUCACAAGAAGAAGGAGGUCAUUCAGGACGUGUCUCUUCAUGACCUCGACAUGGCAAACGCAAAACCACAGGGAGGCCAAGAUAUCAUGUCAAUGAUGGGUCAGCUGAUGAAGCCAAAGAAAACAGAAAUUACAGAUAAAUUAAGAAAGGAGAUCAACAAAGUGGUGAAUAAGUACAUAGAUCAGGGUAUUGCUGAACUCGUGCCGGGUGUGUUGUUUAUCGACGAGGUGCACAUGCUGGACAUUGAGUGUUUUACGUACCUACACCGAGCCUUGGAGUCAACCAUAGCACCUAUUGUUAUCUUCGCCACAAACAGAGGGAAGUGUAUAAUAAAGGGAACUGAUGAUAUUGUAGCUCCACACGGUAUGCCCCUAGAUCUGCUGGACCGGGUGAUGAUUGUGAGAACUCUGCCAUACUCACAGGAAGAAAUGGUCCAGAUUAUAAACAUACGUUCUCAGACAGAAUCAAUACAAAUUGAUGAGGAUGCACUACAACAUCUUGGACAGAUUGGUGUGAAAUCAACACUGAGGUACAGUGUCCAGUUAUUGACACCCUCUAAUAUUCUAGCGAAAAUUAAUGGGAAAUCUGUCAUUGGAAAAGACGAAGUCGAGGAAAUUAGCAAGUUGUUUUUUGAUGCAAAAUCAUCUGCCAAAAUUUUAGCAGCUCACGAAGACAAAUACAUGAAAUAGACAUUGGAGACACAUGUUCAUUAUAGUGUACAGAUCUGUUGACUUCUUACAUAAAUAUACAAUACUGGUGUUUUCUCAGUUGUAUACAUAAUUUAAUUAUUUUAUAAAUAUAUUUGAGAAAGCAUGCUGCGACAGUUUGUUUGAUGGGUAACAUAAUUAUGACGAAAAUUUAGGAAUGAAUAAUUUUGUGUUAUCUUUAGACUGCUGGAUUAAUUUGACUGUAGAUUGUGAAUGUUUUUGGUCAAGAUGGAACUUCCUUUCAUUUUGGAUUAGGUGUGAAAUAUUCACCUUUGUCAAGUGAAUUUUUCAUUUUAACUAUAACGGGCACUAUUCAGAAUUAUUUGAUAUUUUCAGAUUUAAAGUAACAAAAAAUCUGAGUUAUGCAGUAUGUAUGUUAAUUGUUUGUUCAUUCCAGGGUCCAUAUAUUCGAAGCUAUCUUAGCACUACGAAAUGGUAAAACCAUUGUCAGCUACGACAUCACUAUGGUGUGUGCUGUAGUGACGUCAUAUUCUACAAUGGUUUUACGAUAGCUUCGAAAAUACGGGCCCAGUAUUCUAAAGAUUAAUUGGACAACUACCUCUCUCUAUUCUUAAGAAAUAUUUUUAAAUUUUGGACUUCAUUGAAACCGAUAUAUAAAAACUGAUAAUACAGAAACAGAUUUUUACCAUUCUGAAACCAGCUCUUUUUAAAAAUGCCUCACAUUUUAAGUACUGAAUCAUUGCAAUCUUUAUUACCAGCAUUACUGCCUUUGUAUCAUUCUCAUGCUGUUCAGUUUAUCAAGAACAUUGUCAUUAAACUAUUUUCUCAAGAAA